AUGUCAAUUGAGCUCAAGUACAAUAACUUAGGUGAAUCAGGUUUAAAAAUUGCUCCCUUGAUCGUGGGGUGCAUGUCCUAUGGAUCAAAAAAGUGGGCAGAAUGGGUGUUGGAAGAUGAGGAGGAGAUUUUCAAGAUUUUAAAGAAAUGUUACGACGUUGGAUUAAGGACUUUUGACACUGCUGAUGUGUAUUCGAAUGGGGUAUCAGAAGUGAUUUUGGGAAAAUUUCUUAAAAAGUAUGAUAUACCAAGGGAAAGAGUUGUCAUCUUGACUAAAUGCUUUAUGGCUAUGAACCCCAGAGAUUCUGGCUUCAAUGCACUCAGAGCUGGUAACUUAAGUGACAAGGACUUUGCCAAUUCCAAAGGCUUGUCAAGAAAACAUGUCUUGGAUGCAGUAAAUGCUUCUGUUGAGAGAUUAGGUACUUAUAUUGAUGUUUUGCAAAUCCAUAGGUUAGAUCCAACAACACCAAAGAAGGAAAUUAUGAAAGCAUUGAAUGAUGUUGUUGAUCAAGGACUUACCAGGUACAUUGGUGCUUCAACAAUGAAAGCGACAGAGUUUGCUCAAUUGCAAUUUAUUGCUGAACAAAAUGGGUGGUACAAGUUUAUCAGUAUGCAAAACUACUACAACUUGAUUUAUCGUGAAGAAGAAAGAGAAAUGAUUCCAUUUUGUAAAAACAAUGAUUUGAGUAAAGUUGGAAUCAUUCCAUGGAGUCCAAUCGCGAGAGGUGUAUUGACAAGACCAGUUGGCGAGACUUCACAAAAUAAGAGACACGAGUCCGACAAAACUUUUGCUCUUUUGGGUCUUGAUGCCUUGACUGACGUAGAUACUGAGAUAAUCAAACGAGUUGAGAAAGUGGCCAAAGAACGAAGAGAGAGUAUGGCUGUAAUUGCAACAGCUUGGGUAAUCAGUAAAGGAUGCAAUCCCAUUGUUGGACUUAAUUCUGAAAAGAGAGUUGAAGAUAUUAUCAGAGCAACAAGUGUAAAAUUGAGUGAUGAAGAGAUCGCGUACUUGGAAGAACCAUAUAAACCCAAACAGUCCCUCUCUUGA